GUAUUUCGUUGUUGUUCCUCACGAACCAGGAAUACCAUAGUUAACAACGCAUCAAUCGCCUGCAGAGUGAGACUUCCGAACCUUUCGACUGCGUUCGCUGAGUCCUACAGCUUUGUCUGGAUUUACCAUCAAUUACCCCAUACUUUAAGCCGACACGUAACGAACAGCUGCCACUGCGUUUGGAGUCAGCAGCAGCUGCAUUUGACAGCCCCGACGGGCGACGCUGAGAAUGACGACGCAGGAUGCGCAAGGGCUUAUGAUAUUGCAAAAUGGAGGCCAUAAUCGGCCCCAGCCCACCCCGUGGAAGCACCGCAUGUGCGGUGACAUGUGCGGCGACAUCGGCACGUGCUGCUACGGCCUCUUCUGCACCCCCUGCCUGUACGGCCGCAACUACGCCGAGUUCCACGACGUGGGCUGCUGCGGCGCCUGCUGCCUCUACUGCUGGUGCUGGUGCCUGUCAUGCUGCUUCGCGACCGACCUCCGGCGCAGCAUCCGCAACAAAUACAACUUAGCUCCGGACCCCUGCAACGACUUGAUCGUGCACUUGUUCUGCAGCCCCUGCGGCCUGUGCCAGGAGUCGCGCGAGAUGCGGUACCGGCGGGAGCAGGGCACCUUUGCCACCGUGCUGAACCAGUGAGGGGGAGGCGGGUGGCGGCGUGGUGGCGGUGCCGGUGAUGUGGUGGUGGUGCUGCUGCUGCUGCGGCGGCGGCGGCGGCGCUGGUGAUGAGGCGGAUGAGGGACGGCUGGGCUUGGCUUUGGCGCGGCUGCAGCAGUGACGAAGGGGGGGGAUGGCGGCGGCGGCGGCGGGGGCGGCGAGGCGGGGGAGGGGCUGGAGUGUGUGGCGGGCGGUGCUGUUGACUUGAGGGGGAGUGACCAAUGCAGCGCAGGUCAGGGGCAGGGUGCGGGUAAGGGGCAGGGGCAGGGCAGCGCCCUAUCGGAUGCCGGCAUGGACCGCAUGGUGGACUGCCGAACUGGUGGCCGCCGCCGCCGCUUCAGAGGACAAAGUAGAUGGUUAUUAGCGACCGGUGCCAGGACUUACAUUACUGCGGGACGGUUUGGUGGGGGGUGAGAGUGGGAUGCUGAGCAGACAUGCAACUGCGCUGCCAGCUGCCGUGCUGCGGCGAGUAAUGACGGUGUGACCAAUGUUUCAGGCUGCUUGACUUACUGCUGCAUGAUGGCAUGAUGAUGACUCGAUGAGUAUGAUAGUGAUCGGAAUAAUUCCUGUAUUCUUAGGGGAAGGAUGCAGUCCACGCAAAAGUAAACGAGCUGGCUGCUUCCACGGCGCAGUCAGAGCACAGUAGCCAGUAGGACUGUAGGAGCUGUGUGGAGCCGGGGGCGCAAGACGGCGCACGGCCGGUUCCCAUACAUCGUGUGUGGCAGCAAAGGGAGGUGCCGGUGUUGGUGGUACGAGGGUCCAUAGUGGGCUGGGGAGUAUGCCUGAGCCCAACGAAAUAGGUCCCAAUUUUAAGGAAUUGUCGGGAUACUGGCGCCAUAUGUGGGCUGGCGAGGGCAUUCCGCAGAAUUCCACGCGCCAUUGGGUUUGGCUGGGUGGGACCAGGGGAUGAGGGGGUGGUGACCUCCCCUGGGCGAGAGCCGCGAGACAUCAGUGACCCGGACGCACCCUGCACGCAGCAAGCCGGAGCAAGUGAUCUGAAGUGUGGUAAUUGGUCGACGUUUUUAAACCGCAA